UUAUAAACUUUGAGACAAUAAGAUUUAUUUUAGUGGCUUUUAUUUUAAGAGCUUCGUAUCAGUUGCUUUGUGGGGGAUUACAAUUUGUAUUAGAGAUUAUAUAUUGAAUAAAAUAUGUAAAAAGACUUGGUUCCUGACAAAGAUGUAUCUGGACCCAACAUAGCAUAACCAGAGAGUAAUGCAGAGGCCACAACUUCAUAUAUCCUCACACUGUAGGUCCUUUGUUCAGCAACUACUGCCAUGUUGCUUAGCAACAACAUCCACAUCCGUGACCACAGCAACAACAACCCAGUUUUGGUAACUACGGCUGGGAAACCAUGGCAUCCAGCAAACACUUCCUGGUCCAAAAAUACAGCCUGGCCCCAAAUCUUUCUGGGGCAAAUGUUCCGUGCACUAAAAUGUUGCUAGGUCGCACUGACUCACCCUUGGAUAUUGAGCCACCUGUGUCCACGACAACAUCACAACAGCAGAUGUUGGAUCCUUAUGCGUCUGUUACAUCGUUCAAGUAUUAUGACCGUUCUGAGCUAUCAGCUUCCAAUGAAGGUCACAAGGUCGUUUCCAAUGAGAUGAAUCCUGACAGCCAUUUUCAAUACUUGGAUGACACCAUUGUGUCUGCUUAUGAAAGAAGCAAACCAUCACUUCCAGUAAAACCUACUGUUGCCAGACCAUCUAAUUUACAAGGAGCUGUACAACAGAAGGACAAACAAAGUAUGCGCGAUUUCAAUCCAGAAGGCAUAAACAUGCAAAAGGGUUAUAAAGAAAAAACAGACAUGAAGCAUGAGUACUCUCAGAGUGAUCCACUUGGGACGCACACUUUCAAUAAGGUUAACCUUCCUGCCAAACUUAAGCCUGGUUCAGUUUUAAAUAUAAAUGACAAUUGCUGCAAAGAUACGUACAAAGAAAGUAGUGAAGAUAGUGAUAGUCUGUCAAGUGUUUUUUUUGAUGCCAAGAAAAUAGGCGACAAUAGCAGACCGUCAUCUGCUGGUCGAAGAAAACUUCCUAUCGCUCCGCAGUCAAGAUUUAAUAACAGUUUAAGCAGACAAGGGUGUUAUGUUAGCGAUCAAAAUGUUCUUUGUGCCAAAGAAGUUAGUGAUUUGACAAGCGUAAGUUUGGAUUUUGACAAAGAUGUGGCAACAAAGUUAAGUGAAAUUAUCAAAGAUGUGAAACAAAAUAAGGACAGAAAUGACAGCGGUGAUAUUAAUAGUGAAAUAGGAAUAAAACAUAGUGAUUUGUAUGUAAAUUAUUUGUCAAAUAGCUGUGAUAGAGCUGGUGAUAAUCAUUGUUUAAAAACUGAAUUAUUAGAGGGAAAUGAAAAUGACUCUGACGUACAAUUUAGAAAAUGUAUUGAUAGUAGGGAAAACAUCAGGGAGUCAAAGCUUGAAUGUGUGAACGAAAAUAUAUAUGAUUCAAAAGUAAACACUGUAAAAGACAAUAAUGAAUUAAUAGCUAGUGCUCAAACUAACAAUUCUCCAAAAGUUGGUGAUUUAAAUAGACCUGAUUCUGGAAAUAUAAAGAAGGAAAUAAUGGUAUCAGAUCCUAGUCAGCAGUUGGUGAAAGAAAUGGCAAGGAGGGUGAAAUCUAAACUGGCAACUAAAUUGGCACUGGCUGAAAAAGUUGAGUCAUUGGGACCAGAGCCUGCUUUCUGCCAUAACAGUUCACAUAGAAAAAAUAUUGACAGUGCUAAUGAAGUGGCCUCUAGCAAGGCUGAAACUGCAACAACUGAUAAAUUCUUUAAUUUUGAUGCUGAUGUUAUUCAAGAGUUAACUGACAGUGUCAUGACGAAAACAUCUAAAGUCAAGGAGGAUGGGUCCAGAAAUUCCAAAACAAGUAAAAAAAUUAUGGAGCAUUUUAAAGAAUUACCAAAAUCAAGAGUUAAUGAGGAACUUGUUAAUUACGAUUCAAUGUUCAAAGAAAGUUUCGAAGGAAAAUCUGUUUUUGAAAAACUUGUGAAAGAAACCAAAGAUUAUCAAAAAGAAAUAAACGAGAAAAACAGUUUAUUGAGUGGUGAUAAACAAUAUGUGCCUAAUAAACCCAAAGUUGAACGAACACCUUCAUACAAGAACAAAGUUAUAGCAAGAGCAAAAAAUAAAUAUCAGAAGAAGAGUUCAAUGCACAAAGAAUGCUCCUGUCAAAAGGAUGAAAAUGGAGCCCGCUUGUUGUGUGAGUUCUGUGUGUUGUACGAACAUAAGAGGCGCAGCAAGUCGAGUUUGGGUAACAUGUCAAUAAAUAAAAUUGGUGAACAGGAUGAAAGUGAAAAUGUUGUGAUUAAGAGUCCAAGACGCGCUGUAACACCUGGCGGAAUGUCUGUGAUGUCAAGUGGAAAAAGUCCGCGUCCUGUGAAGAAAGUUCACGUGUCCUCAAGAGUUGAUGUUUUGAUGAGCACAGACUUAUUCAGGAAACAUCUUCAAAAGCACGAGGACUUGCUUACUCAGCACACAAAAUUACAGCGGGCUGGAAUGCGAAAAUCUAUAUCCAACCUGGAUCUGACUAAAUCUGUAUCCAACCUGGAUCUGACUACUGGACUUGAGGGAGACAGUGACUCUAAUAGUGUGUUAAGCUUUUUGAAUGUGGAUAUAGAUGAUGUACAUGUACAGGGUACCAAAGAUGCAAAUAUUAAUGUAGAUAAUUUGAGUGUGAACGAUAGUGCUGAAAAGGUGGAGAGUAAAUCUGUAAGUGCUGUUGAGGGGGUUAGAAAUCAGACUGGAAAGAAGAAAAGUGCUAGUAGAACAUUGCCAAAGACAGUUGGGAAGUCUCGUCUUUCAUCAAGUUGUAUGAAUAAUAAUACUGUUUCCUCUAAAUAUGCCAUACCAACCCUAGAUGAGUUUAAGAAAUCAAAAACCAGUCCAGCACUUCACCGUGGAUGGGAUAACACAAAUCAAUUAAAUUCCUUUAAUGAAAUUAUCAUGCAGAAACAAUCUGAUUUUAGUGAUAACGUAGAUGAAUGUGAUAAUUUUAAGAAAACAGACUCAGAAUGUGCCAAUAAUGGCACUAUACAGGCUGAGAAGAAUUUGAUUUUACACAGUCCUCAAGCUGUAGAUGAUAUAAAAGUGUCUAACACUGCUCAUAUAUCUGAGGACUUUGAACAUGAUACAAUUAAUAUCGUUAAACAGAUCCCUGAGGUAAUUGAGGUGCAAAAAGAAUCCACAACGGCUUCCUUGGAAACUGAUUGUCAGGGAGUUGAACUACAGCAAAUACAAAACUCCAAAACCAGCCAUGGUGAAAGUAGAUCAGUACAAACAGCUCCAAGCAUGCGCUUGAAACAGAGGAUGCGUCCUAAACUGAAAUCCAGGACAUUGUCUAGACUUGAACUGGAAAACGAGGAGUCCCAAAUCCUCUCAGAUACUAGUGAGCCUUCAGGGGCUUCUGCAAGAGAGAGGCGCAAACCAGGCAGCAAGCGACCUCGAUCAUUGAUCUCGAAAAAAUCCAGCCUCAUUAAGCUGUUGCAAGAGCAAGAAAAUGCUGCAAAUGGGUCUGAAGUGUUGGAUUCUUCUGAUUGCAAGUCCAUUCAAGACCGUCCAAAGUUAAAAGUCAUGCAUUCUGUAGGUCGCUCUAAAUCAGACACUCAUUUUGAAACUGACCGGUCAAAACUCAGCGUCAAGUCGGCUUUCCGAAGUGGGAGUUCCUCCAGUGAAAACAAUAGUUUUGUAAAUUCCAAGGGAAAGAACUCUGUUUGUUUUGACCUGGAGGAUGAGAGUAGGUGCAGUCCCUUUGAUAUUGGUGAAUCUGAGACCUCAACCUCCAUAGCUGGCAGUCUGUCUGACAGCAUUAGAUCAGAGCUGGUCACAGAUGAGCCAGGAGAGCUUUUAGUAGACACAGAUCAUGGAACAAAGCAUCUGAAUCACUCGGAUCAAGAUGGUGGUGAUCCAACUUCCUAUCUCAUGGGGAUGGAACAUACGACCCCUGUCGGUCGUUCAACCUCUGAUGCAUGUAAGAUAACUCUAGAGGCAGCUCGGAAGCGGCGAGAACGCAAGGAACGACCCUACAAAUCAGACCCGUUUUCUGGAACAGAAAUAAUACCUGCAGCAAAGCGGUGUGCCCUGAGAGAAGAACGAGAACGUCUGGGUCGUCACCACGCGUCGCUAACAGAGGCGCCAUCAGAUGAGAUCUUUUCUUUCCUCGGUGAUCUGGGACCUGGCGAGAGUUAUCCCAGUCUUGAGGAGCUUCAGGAAGGGGCGGAACAGUUUUCACCGCUGUCGACGUCCAUUUCUCAAGAUGCUGAUCAACUCAUUAAAGUUCGCAAGAACCCAAGCAAUGUUAGCUCCCUGAGCACCGACAGUGGUGUGAUUGGUCAGGACGGGUCGCAUGACUCCCAGCAGAGCAGCCCCACGAACACGCUGUCACACUCCAUGUCAGAGAGGCACAGGUCGGCAUGGCAACACCACCCGCUGCCCGGGCGAUCACUUAGCGUCAGCUGUGGGGACCUCUCGUCUGAUGUGGCAAGCGAGUGUCCCGAGUGCAACAGUGCAGAUCAGGUUACCACGGAAAUGCGAUGCCCAUCUUACCAACUGUGCACACGCUGUUGCCAACGACGACUGGAGAGGAAGAAGACGAUACAGGAAGUCAUGGAGACGGAGGUUAACUAUGGUCGUGACCUUUCGCUUUUGAAAGAGGAGUUCUAUCAGCCGAUGCUGAAGGCGGGACUUCUAACGCAGGAUCAACUGGACACCGUUUUCCUCAACCUAGAUGAGCUGAUUCAUGUUAACCGACACUUCAUCUCAAAACUACGAUCUGCAAUCCACUCAGCAAAUGCUAACAAUGAUAAUGAUCUACAGGAAGUGAUGAUUGGAAAUCUGUUUCUUGAGUCCUCCACAAUGUUCCUAACCUUUGAAAACUACUGUGUUAACCAGUCCCAGGCGCCGGUGUUACUAGAGCAGUAUGAGAGAGAGAAGGAGCUGGUUCGAAUCUUCCUGCAGGCCUUGCAGAAUGACAACCAGCAGCUACGACGCAUGCACCUCAAGUCAUUCCUUAUGGUGCCUGUACAAAGGAUCAUGAAGUACCCCCUCUUGCUGGACCGACUAUACAGGAACACGUCUGGUUGCCACGGUGACAAACUGUGCCUUCGGGAGGCCAAAAACAAAAUAGAGGACAUUCUAACUCACAUUAAUGCGCGGUCACAGACCACAAUUAUAAGUCGACAGAGGAAGGCUUCAUCAGUGCGCAAGACAUCGUGCUCAGUGAGUGUCAAGAUGGAGGUGUCUCGGGUUGCCUUGGAAACGCUGAAGUGGAAGCGGAAAGAAGUGUGCGACAUCAUCUCUGGUCAGCUCCUUGUAACGCAACCUCUGGACCAUCUAUGGGCCUCCAAGCGAUGCAAAAACUACAAAUUUACCAUGGUCUAUGGAGUGCUAAUGACCUCAUUGGAGACAAUCAGUGAUCCACAACUGAAUGAUUCCAACGUCAUCAAUGACAACAACAAUGGCCAAGUGAAGAGUGCGGCAGUCGUGUUAAUUCGGGAGAAGGGGGGCAGGUUCCAGGUUUUCAGGGAACCAUUCAUGCUGGACAAAUGCAUCGUGAGCCAGGAUAAGGACUUCCUGGAAGUGUUUGAGAUCCUUGAAUGGAACAAGGACGCCUUCAUUGUAAAGGCAGAGACCAUACACGAGACUAAGCUAUGGUUACAACAUCUUCGCCAACAGAUGAACCGCUUGGGCAACUGGCGUAAGCGACGCAAUGCCAUGCCAAACAUUCUUCUCAACCAUAAUCACUGAUCAGUUUUUUUGAAAAUCAACUAAGCCAAAAAUCAUUGAUUACAGUGCUUUUCACCAUAAAAAUGGACUCCUGUUUUUAAUGUAGCAAAAAUGACCAAGAACUAAAAAAGAUUUGAUACAAGUCUUCCAAGAAACCUUUUGACAUCCUAGUUAUUUAGAAAUAAGCACAUAUUGUUCACAUUGUUUACUAUUUGGACAAGACUGACAAGAACAUUAACAAAAUGUAGCCAUAGAAACAAAUCAAGCAUAUUCAAAUAAAUACAACAGUUUCAGCAGCGGAUAAAUAAAUCAUACUUCAGAAAUUAAAAUAUUAUUUGUUUAUCAUUAAAAUGAUCUUUGUCUGAAAUAACAUAUUUCGUCCUUUAUGAACAAUAUGUGAUAUGAGAUUCUUUAAUUUCACAACAUGUGUCAUAAUAUUAAAUGCAUUUAUCAAAUAUCUGAUGCGCUCUUUUGUACUUCUUUGUGAUGUGUGAUUUGGUACUAUUUACCAUGCAUUCACCUUUUAUGUAUCUAAAUAUUCCAAGUAACAUUUCUAUGUUACUAUCAAUUAUCAGUCGCACCUUUUGUUCUUCAUGUAAGAAAAACUUUAAAAAAUAAAUAAAUAAGUCUAUACAAAUAGAAAAUAAAAAAAGUAUUUUUCACUUUUAUGAAAUUUCAUUCAGCUGACAGAAGUUGCCUGCUAAAACACUAAAAACUCCCCAGAAAUCUUGCCUUUAUGCUUUCGUGUAAAAAUAAUAUUUAUUAUUUAUUUCAUUUGUUAAUGUGUUUUAUAAGAAUGUCAAUGUUAUGUAAAUAGUUUGCAAUUUGUUAUGUUAAUGCAUGUCAUGUUAAACUUGCAUGAAUAAAAGUGUCAAAUGA